AUGUACACUCGCAGUGGCCUUGACGAUAGGGUUAUUGGUGCGUUCCUGCUGCGGACUGUUGGUCAAACUUUUGUCACGUGUCAAAAUGCUGGUACGAAGAGGGUGACUGGAAUUCGGAAAUUUGCUACUAACUCGGAGUUACUAGUACUCGGUCGUUGUUUUCCCAAAAAUCUCUUCCCGGUACUGAAAGAUCGCAGUGAACGUGCUUUUCGCAGUCCGGAAACCGAGAAACCUCCGCCAAGCCUUUCCUCGCUUGUGUUCGGGGCUCGAACGCUGGUGACCGAGUUGCUUGAGGAUUUGAUUAGAACUUGGAAGGUUAUCAUUGUCUGCCUCAUCUUGGCUGCCUUCGCCUCCUUCCUGUGGAUUGUUCUCUUGCGGUUGUGUACUUGUGUCAUGGUCUACUUCACUCUCAUUGUCUUCAUGGCACUCUUCGCACUGGCAACUGGAUUCUGCUUCUGGCGUUAUGCAGUGCUGAAGAAGCCCACCUCACAGCCACCGCCUUUCUACCUAACUCUCGAUAUCACCAUAUACUUCCGUUAUUCCACAACUUGGCUCAUUUUG